AUGCUGGCGGUUAGAUUGAGAAAUCCCAAGAUCGUGAAACAGGUCAAACAAGUUCUGGAGUCUCGCAGACUUCUCGACAAAUCUAUUAAGAUAUCUAGAGACGAUUCUGGUGCGUUUGUGAUCCCGACUGUAUGCUCUAAUGAAGCUAUCUUGGACGGUAUAAUAAGAGCCGAUUUAGAAGUGGGAUCUCAUUCAGAUAAUUAUUCAGGUGGUCAACAGAGUGAAUAUGAGAUUAUUGUAGACGAGUCAUCAGAUGAAUUGUCAAUUAUCAGUGGAACCGACACGGAAUCGUCCAUCGGUCAGGCAGACCCAAUUACCAUAGCAGUUCACCAGAUCGCUAAUGCCAUCUCGCUAUUCCACGAUGAUCCGUUGAGACAGAAGAAACUGUCAGACAUCUCUGUCAAAUUCUCAAGACGAAAAUAUUCAAUCUACCCACCACUUGUUUUGUUCACAGCAGGUACUAAUUUGAGCCAAUACGGUCUGCCAGAUGCCUUUUAUGAGCAGGUGAUUAAACAACAGACGCUGUUUUUCCAGCGCAAACAGCUCAUUACUCAUAUUGCGGAAAACGCUCCGAUCGCAGAAUCCGAUCGAGUGAGACGGCCGGCGGAUCUGAUCUGUUUAUACGGCGACUUUGGCCCUCCUCCGUCUACAGUUCCUGAAUCUCCAUCUUCCGAAGACCUGGAUGCCGCGUUCUGGUGUUCUGCUAUCCAGAAUGGCAUUUAUCAGACGUGGGCUCCGAGAUAUACAAUGUUCAGUCGCGGCAAUAUCACCGAGAAAUCGCGUGUUUUAGACACGUUUGCGAAACAAGCCCCGAUUGAAGGAACCACCAUUGUCGAUAUGUACGCUGGAAUCGGUUAUUUCACCUUCAGCUAUGCUCGCAACCAUCCGGCACGAAUUCUAUGUUGGGAAAUCAACCCGUUCAGUGUUGAAGGACUCAUUCGAGGCGCUCUGGCCAACAACUUCCCAGUACGACUGGUCCGUCACAACGAGCCCUAUGAACCACUUGGCUCCGACUUCAUUGUCGUGUUUCUCGAAGACAACUGCCACGCUCUAGAGCGCAUUUCCCAAGCACACAUCUCCGACAUCAGCCACGUCAAUCUCGGACUCCUCCCUGACAGCCGACUGGCAUGGUCCGACUCAGUCCGUAUCGGCCGUCGCCAUUCCACCCAACUGGCCCACCCCACCGUCCUCCACAUCCACGAGAACAUCGCUGCCACCAUCACCUCGACCUGGCCCACCAUGGUCGAGUCCACACUGUCCAACCGAGUCCAGUUCGUGAGCCUCGAGGUCAUCAAAACGUUUGCUCCCGGCGUGUACCACGUCUGUGGCGAUUUCCGGGUCCGUCGUUAG